AUGCCAGUAAAUCUAGCUAAAGAAUCGGCAGCCAAUGCUGCAGUCGAUGAACAGAUUCAUAAUGAUAUUCACAUCAUUGGCGUUGGAUCAGGUUCAACCAUUGUUCCAGCAGUGAAAAGAAUUGCGGAAAUCGUGCAUAAGAACAAUCUUGACUUAAUUUGUGUUCCGACUUCAUUACAAGCACGCGAACUUAUUCUUUCUAAUGGUUUGAAAUUAGGUAGUCUUGCUGAGUAUCAAGAACUCGAUCUUGCUAUUGAUGGUGCUGAUGAAGUAGAUGAGCAAUUCAAUUGUAUCAAAGGUGGUGGUGGGUGUCAAACACAAGAAAAACUUGUUGCCGUAUGCGCAAAGCGAUUUAUUGUUGUUGCUGAUGAAAAAAAAUGGUCACCCUGUUUAGGUACAAAAUGGACAAAAGGUAUUCCAAUUGAAGUCAUUCCAGUUGCGUAUAAACUUACUAAGAAAGAAAUUGAAAAACAACUUGGUGGUGAAGUUGUUGUUCGUGAAGGAACAGAAAAAUUAGGUCCAGUAUUAACUGACCAAGGAAAUUUCAUUCUCGAUUGGAAGUUUGAUCCGUUGAAAAUUGUGAAUUGGUUUGAUGUUAAUCGAACAUUAAAAUUAGUUCCUGGUGUGGUUGAAACCGGUUUAUUCGUGAAUAUGAUCUAUAAAGGAUAUUUUGGUAACAGUGAUGGCAAAGUUGAGAUUAGAACAAAUCCUACAAUGUCUUCAUAA